GUCCUGGAGCAAUUUUUAGGGGAGGGUCUUUGGCCGAGCUUCUCAAAUCUUUUUGUGUGCUCCUCCGCCUCUCCUCCGUUGACCUACACGCUUCGCUUCGAAACGGAGCUCAAAUUUCCACCACUUCCCGCUUCUGGAUCUGUGAUUUUCAGGCUCCAAUUUUUGAUUUUCAAGAUCUACUCCGAUUCCUGUUCGCUCGCUGCUUUCUUGACGACCCACCAUCAGGUUCUUGAGAUCUCAACGCCCCUUCUCCGUUUCUUUUUCCUUUUUCACUUUCGCCUUCGAGUUCAAGUUGGAGGGAUGUCGAUUUUACCCAAAGGCGAUUCGAUUCAAAUCCGUGAGGUGUGGAACGACAAUUUGGAGGAGGAGUUCGCACUUAUCCGGGAAAUUGUUGACGAGUUUAAUUACAUAGCCAUGGAUACCGAGUUUCCCGGCGUGGUGCUUCGCCCUGUGGGUGCCUUCAAGAAUAUCAACGACUACAACUAUCAGACUCUCAAGGAUAAUGUUGAUAUGUUGAAGUUGAUUCAAUUGGGUCUUACGUUCUCUGAUGAGAAUGGAAACCUCCCGACUUGUGGAACCGAUAAGUUUUGCAUUUGGCAGUUCAAUUUCCGCGAGUUCAACGUUAGUGAAGAUAUUUUUGCGAGUGAUUCGAUUGAGCUUCUGCGCCAGUGUGGUAUUGAUUUUAAGAAGAACAAUGAAGAGGGUAUUGAUGUUAAUCGCUUUGGUGAGCUUCUAAUGUCUUCUGGGGUUGUGUUAAACGAUGGUGUUAACUGGGUCACGUUCCACAGUGGGUAUGAUUUUGGUUACUUGCUCAAAUUGCUGACUUGCCGAACCUUGCCAGACACACAGGCGGGAUUUUUUGAUUUGAUCAACAUCUAUUUUCCCAUGGUUUAUGAUAUCAAGCAUUUGAUGAAGUUUUGCAACAGCCUCCAUGGUGGGCUGAACAAGCUUGCAGAGUUAUUAGAAGUGGAGAGGAUUGGAGUUUGUCAUCAAGCAGGAUCAGACAGUCUGCUUACUGCUUGUACUUUUAGGAAGUUGAGGGAUACCUUUUUCAAUGGAUCUACGAAAAAAUACGCAGGUGUUUUGUAUGGUCUUGGUGUUGAAAGUGGACAGCGUACUAAUUGAAGAGAAUUACUAAGUAUUUGUAGAAGUGUGAGACUUUUAGUUACUUUGUACAAUUUGGCUAAAGCAUUGAUGAUUGUAACUGUUUUCCGUUUUCCUGCUCUGUAAUAGAAACCUCCACUGUUUUUUGCAGCUUGUGGUUUCUUGUAAAUUAUGGCAGUUAGUGUUUCAAUAAAAAUCUUAAUGACGUUUCUUUGAA